AUGAAAAAUACCAUUAGAUGCUGCAUAUCUUGCAUUCUUCCAUGUGGAGCUCUCGACGUAAUUCGAAUAGUGCAUACUAAUGGCCAUGUUGAAGAAAUCAGUGGCACCAUAAAGGCAAAAGAAAUAAUGAAAUUACAUCCAAAGCAUGUUUUAAAGAAGCCCUCAUCACCGUCUGAUGAAGGGAUGUGUUCAAAGAUUAAUGUUGUGGUUCCUCCUGAUGCAAUGCUUCAACGUGGGAAGAUUUAUUUCCUGAUGCCUCUGCCUUCUCGAUCCCAUAAGACUCCAUCAAGAUCGUCUACAAGGAGAAAGAAGAAAGAUUCUGAAAGCGAAGAUAUUCCAAAAAACAGUGAUCUUUCUACGAAAAACCUACUGGUUUCCGAUCAGUAUUUAAGUGAGAUUUUGUCAGAAAAGCUUUCAACACAGAGAGAUCGACGGAGAGGGCGUGUUGGCGUGUGGAGACCUCACUUAGAGAGCAUUUCAGAGACAACAAACGAUGCUUAA